AUUUAUGCAUGACUGUCAGGCCCUCAGGGGAAGCACAGGGGCUUCUGGGAAGUGAAGAAAAUAAUGACAGGGUCUUCAUUUUCACCCCCAGGAUAGGGCUUCUGGGUAAUUUUAUUUUUUCUGGGUCUUUGCCUAGAAAGUGAAGAUUCUAGGGAGUCUACAAAUAACAGUCUGGCGUUCUUAUUUCCUUCCCUCUGGUAGAAACUGGAAACCAGUGGCCAUCUGUUGUUUAGUCCACUCAAAAGAGGAUGUGGAGGCUUGUUUUUCCUCCAGACCCAAGGGUGUUCAGGAGACCCGCAGCCCCCUGGCCUGUCUCCCACGAAGCGUCUCUGAGAAGGCAGUGGGUUUUUGGGCUGUGUGAAGCUCCUCAAGUGGACCCUGGAGCAUGGAACACAUCCACAGCAGUGAUGGGAGUCCCAGCAGCAGCCACCAGAACCCCAAGAGCACAGCCAAAUGGGCAGCCUCUCUGGAGAAUCUGCUUGAAGACCCAGAAGGCGUGAAAAGAUUUAGGGAAUUUUUAAAAAAGGAAUUCAGUGAAGAAAAUGUUUUAUUUUGGCUAGCGUGUGAAGAUUUUAAGAAAACACAGGAUAAGAAGCAGAUGCAGGAAAAGGCAAAAGAGAUCUACAUGACCUUUCUGUCCAGUAAGGCCUCAUCGCAAGUCAACGUUGAGGGGCAGUCCCGGCUCAAUGAGAAGAUACUGGAAGAACCACACCCACUGAUGUUCCAGAAACUCCAGGACCAGAUGAGGGUGCCUCGGGGAACGUGUCCUUUCCUGGAGCCGCAGAUUCGGCACAACCUCCAGUUGGAGCACCGCGUGGAUAUUUUCCCUUGCAGAAAGGCAAAUCCUAAUCAGUCAUUGCCCUGGGAUCUGGAGGGGGGGGCGUGGCUGUGUAGUUGGACCUUGUACAAGGAUGCCCACGGGUGGGAAGCCUCCCUUGCCUUUCUCACCGAGAGUUCCACCUCCAGUUGCCUGCAGGAAUGGAUCCCAAGACGACGACGCUAAAUAGUUUACAGUCCAGGCAUGCCACUUACAGAUGUGGGGCAGCCAAAACCUGAAACCUGCUGAGCCACAGCUGCCUUGGCCAAAAAAAAAAAAAAAAAAGGACGGAAUGCAGUUUAGCUGCCAACUCAAGUUUUCUGCUUCAUCGGCCGCCUGUCUCUCAGAAGGACCGUCUGUCUGCUGUCCAGCUCUGCUCUGAUGCCGUCCGCCUACCUGGAGCCCUCCCCACCCCCCCUGCUCGAUUUGUCUCCACCUUCUUCCUUUCUCUUCCCUGUAGACAACUUGAGGUGUGCUGUCAGUUCAGGCCCGGUGAGGCCGGUUCUCCCCAUCUGAGAGUCCUUGUUUUGUAGAACCUUCUGGAACACCUCGGGCCAUCUCCUUUUCCGUGCUCAAGUAGGAGUGAGCUGCAAUCAGUAAGCCAACUGUUAGUUUCCAAGGGCCAUCUUAACAAGCUAUCUCGAACUGAGUCACUUAAAACAACAGAAAUCUAUUUUCUAAGUUCAGGAGGUCAGAAAUCCAAAAUCAAGGUGUCGGCAAGGCUGUGCCCCUCUGGAAGGUUCUACGGAGGAAUCUUUUCCUGCCUCCUCCUGGCGGGGGCUAGCAUUCCUUGGUGUUCCUGGCUUAUAGCAGCAUCACUCAGAUCUAUGCUUCUGUCUUCAGACCUAUGGUCUCUUCCCUCUGUGUCCCUCCGUGGUGUCCUUCCUUCUCAUGAAGAUACCACUCCUUGAAUGAUGAUGUCAUCUCAAGAUCCUCAACUAACCUUAUUCCAAAUAAGGUCACAUUCUGAGGUUCCAGGUGGAUGCACACUUUGGGGGUACACCAUUCAACCCACCGCACUGACUUUUAGGGAUAUUUGUUUCCCGUUCAUAUACACAAAUACAUGUCUUUUUUUAAACAUUUUUAAUUUUUUUAAAGUAAUCUCUACACCCAGCAUAGGGCUUGGACUCAUAACCCUGAGAUUAAGAGUCACAUGCUCUUCUGACUGAGCCAGUCAGGUGCCCCCACAAAUACUCUUUUUUAAAAAAUGUUUAUUUUUUGACAGAGACAGAGAGAGAGCGAGCACGAGCUGGGGAUAGGCAGAGAGAGAGGGAGACAGAGGAUCUGAAGUGGGCUUUGUGCUGAGGACAGAGAGCCUGACGUGGGGUUUGAACUCACGCGCCGUGAGACCGUGACCUGAGCCAAAGUUGGAUGCUUAACUGACAGAGCCACCCAUGUGCCUCCCACUCGCCCACAAAUUCACUCUUGAAGAACAUAUUUGGGGUCACUGUGUUUUGUUUUAUUGAAUUUUUAAAAUUCAGCGUUCAGUCACAUAACAUUCACAUAUUAUUACAUUUUUUUCAUGUUUAACUCUUUACAGACUUCAUUUUCAGUGACUGUCCUAUUGGUCUGCCAGGUGAGUGGUGGGACAGCCUAGUGGUUAGGAGUGCGGGCUGGAGAUUGAGGUGGCCAGCGUUUGCAUCCCCCAUGUCUGUCUUGGGCUGUGAAGGGCUACGGCCCCCUCCAGAAUCCGACAUUGGAGUCCUAAGCCCCAGUACCUCAGAAUGUGACUGUGUUUAACGAUGGGGAGGCAAUUAAUGUGAAAUGAGGUCAUUGGGUGGGCCCUAAUCCAAUAUGACUGGUGUCCUUCUAAGAAGAGGUGACGAGGACACAGCCACACAGAGAGAAGGCUGUGUGGGGACACAGGGGAGAGACGGCCGUGUACAGAGCUUCCUCGACUCGAUAUGGAGGUACCUCCUGACAGUAAGUUGAAAAUAUUGCAAGUUGAAGAUGGCAUUUAGUACAUCUAACGUACCGAACCUCGUAGCUUGGCCCAGCCUCCCUUGAACGUGCUCUGAACACUUACAGGAGCCGACAGCUGGGCAAAAUCAUGGAACACAAAGCCUAUUUUACAAUGCGGUGUUAGAUAUCACAUGUUGUGCAUCGAAGACUGUGCCGAAAGUGAAAACAGGACAGCUGCACGGCUGUAGGAUGGUUGUCGGCAUAGGAGCUGUCGGCUCUCGUGGUCCCGGGCAUGACUGCAAGCUGUGGUGGCCACUGCCCAGCGUGUGAAGUCAAAAAAUCAUUGAGUUGAGGCCAUCUAGAGAAGUCGUCUAAACUCCUGGCCUCCAGAACCGUGAGGAGAGAAAAUUCUGUUGUUUCAGCCCCACGGUCUGCGUCACAGCCCCGGCAGAUGGGUACCCUGACUGCUGGGGCAAAGCCCCGAACCUCUGAGGCCUCUUUCCUUCUCUCUACAGUCAGGUCCUCCUAGGGGCUCGUGAGGAGUAAAUGAGAGAAUACUCUGCGUGCUCCCUGGGGCUGGUUGGAAGGUGCUCCAGGCAGAGUUGGUACCGCCCUGGUCGAUUUUGCCCGCCCUCUGUGGUUGCACGUUGGGUGCUGUCUGUCCAUGCACGGGGCGAAUAUUUACUGGACCCCGGUCAUGGCCAUUUGCCCUGUGAUAAAUGAGGCUGUGGCCUGUGGUCAGCAGCUGAGCACACUGUUUUUGGCUACUUUCUUGGGAAGGAUUUUUUUUUUAAUGUUUAUUUAUUUAUUUUGAGAGAGACAGAGAGAGUGUGAGCAGGGGAGGGGCAGAGGGAGAGACAGAGAGAGUCCCAAGCAGGCUCUGUGUGCCAUGCGGAGCCCGACGUGGGGCUCGAUCUCAAAGACCUUGAGAUCAUGACCUGAGAUGAAACCAAGAGACGCUCCACUGACUGAGCCACCCAGGUGCCCCUGGAAGGGAUUUUUAGGUGCUUGCUCUAUCCUCCAAGCUAUUUUCACUGAGCACCUCCCAUGGGGGGCCCUGUGAUGGGAGCAGCCUGUUGCCAUGCGCUCCUAGGCCAGUGCCCAGGGGACCCAUUUGCCGGUGGCAGUGAUGAACCAUUAGGCAGCUCACACGCCCGGAAAAUGUUGUCAUUGGGAGCGACGUCCCUUUCCUUUUUCAAACCCGUCCAGGGUCUGAUGGCCGCAGCCGCCACCUGGUGACUUUACGGCACCCGGAGCGGCACCAGGAGGCAGGCGGAGGCUCUUGGCAGAGGAAGCCCUCACCCGAGAGCCUUCAGGGGCAUUUCACACCUGCCCGUGUCAGGGAGUGGCCAUUAUGCUCCUGUUAAAUAGUUUGCGGCCUCCCCUCCCCUCGAGCUUGUGGGCACCGGUGGAAUGCCAGGAGCCCGCAGCCUGUCCUGGAGGCUGAGUCCUGCCAGCCCCUGAGCACUCCCCUCAGCUGCAGCGACCUCCUGCCCUCUGCCCCCGCCUCCUCCAUCCCUGGGUGCCUCCAGCCUUGGCCUUUUUUCUUCUCUUCUUUGAAGUGUGAGCCUCAGAGGCACGACAGGCAAACAGGAUGCUCCCCUCCCACACGCAGAGACUUCAGACGAGACACUUGGGUCGAACCGCAUCCUGCUGGCAGUGGUGGGUCCCAUCUGCCGCGGACCUGGUGUGGGAGGGGGUGCAGGGCUGGGUGCCAGGAGAGGUACUCACGAAGGGGUUCUCGCUAGUCACUCUGAGCCUCAUUCCAGAAUUCCAGCAAGGUGGGCAUGACAGGGUUCCCUCUGGGAGCUCCGUGCCUGGAAAAGCUGAAUAAUGCUGGUGGUGAGGGAUGGUAACACCUGCUUGGCGCCUUUGUGAGAGGCCACGAAUAGAUAGCGGCAUUCCUCAUCCCCUGCCUUGCCCUUGGCUAUGAUUUUUAUGUUUUCUGGGAGCUAUUUUGUUGUCGUUGUUGUUUUAAAACGAGUAAUUUCUCCAAACCUUGGCAAAAUCAGUCCAGGGUUGCAAGAUUGCUCUAAAAUAGGUGACGGCUAUGGAGAGGCACCAGGUGGGGACCUACGGGAGGCGUGCUCUUCCUCAACAGCUGCAGAUCCGAGGCAAGACCAGAGGGGACACCCAGGGAAGGGCAGGCAAUAGUGUAAGAGUUUCAGGAAAACACAAAGUCCUAAAUCUUGCCCGAGUCGUGGCCUCUGAGGAUAGCAAAAAUGAUUUAGGUGCUUCUCCUGUGAGCGAAGCCAUCUUGGGAAAACGAACGUGUAAAGGUGGAAGGGUCCAGUUCUCCCAUCCCCAGGCAGAUGUUCUGAGUCCUGAGACUCCAUCAGACACUUAGUUUUCAGAAUAGUUUGUGUGUGUGUGUGUGUGUGUGUGUGUGCGUGUGUGUGUGUGUGUGUUGGGGGAGGUCGAAUUUAAAAGAUGUCAGGGUUUUACCACCCACUUUAUAACCCCGCCUGGCAGUGAGCGACAUUCUAGACGCCUCUGGAACUUUCCACUUGUUGAGCCCAUGGUAGUGCAGUCAGUGAAGACACCAGGGUACGUGGUGUGGAUUUUUCAUCGGCAGAAUGUCCUGAAAAUUCGGUUGAAAGGUUUGAGAGAGAGAUGAUGAGGGAGAUUUCUGAAGAGACUGUACUCCUCGACAGCCGGAAAAUGCUUUUGUGUUUGCUUCUCUCUUCCCCACCGUUUUUUGUAGGGCAAG